CGGGCGCCGCGCGGCGCCCGAGGCGAAAAAGUAGCUGUCAAAUGCGCGGCGCCUUUAACCGGCGCGAUCAGUGCGGCUCGGCGAGUCAUGGCGACCGCAGCCUCCAACCACUACAGCCUGCUCGCCUCCGGCUCCCCCAUGGUGCACGCCGAGCCGCCCGGCGGCAUGCAGCCCGGCGGCGGCUACCGCGACGCCGGCGCCCUGGUGCAGGCGGACUACGCGCUGCAGAGCAACGGGCACCCGCUGAGCCACGCUCACCAGUGGAUCGCGGCGCUGUCCCACGGCGGCCCCGGCGGUGGCGGCGGCGGCGGCGGCGGCGGGGGCGGCGGCGGCGGCGGCGGCGGCGAGGCGCCCUGGUCGGCGGGCGCGCUGGGCCAGCCCGACAUCAAGCCGGCGGUGGUGCAGGCGGGCGGGCGCGGCGACGAGCUGCCGCCGCCGCCGCAGCACCGCCGCCGGCGGGCGCCGCACCUGGUGCACCACGGCGGCGGCGGCGGAGGGCACCACGCGGCGGCGGCGGCGGCGGCGGCGGCGGCGGCGUGGCGGGCGGGCGGCGCGGCGCACCUGCCGCCCGGCAUGGCCGCGGCCAACGGCGCGCAGGCGGGGCUGCUCUACUCGCAGCCGCCCGGCUUUACCGUCAACGGGAUGCUCGGCGCCGGGCAGCCGGGGCUGCACCACCACGGCCUGCGCGACGCCCACGAGGAGCCGCCGCCGGGGCCGCCGCACCACGGCCCCGAGCACCCGCCGCCGCCCCACGGCCCGCACCCCGGGGCGGCCGGGCCGGCGCCGUCCGCCGCCGCCGCCGCGCCCCCCGGGCCACCGCCGCACCACGACCCGCACUCGGACGAGGACACGCCGACCUCGGACGACCUGGAGCAGUUCGCCAAGCAGUUCAAGCAGCGGCGCAUCAAACUGGGAUUUACCCAAGCGGACGUGGGGCUGGCGCUGGGCACCCUCUACGGCAACGUCUUCUCGCAGACCACCAUCUGCCGCUUCGAGGCCCUGCAGCUCAGCUUCAAGAACAUGUGCAAGCUGAAGCCUUUGUUGAACAAGUGGUUGGAGGAAGCGGACUCCUCCUCGGGCAGCCCCACCAGCAUAGACAAGAUCGCGGCUCAGGGCCGCAAGCGGAAAAAGCGCACCUCCAUCGAGGUGAGCGUCAAGGGCGCGCUGGAGAGCCACUUCCUCAAGUGCCCCAAGCCCUCCGCCCAGGAGAUCACCUCGCUCGCGGACAGCCUACAGCUGGAGAAGGAGGUGGUGAGAGUGUGGUUUUGUAACAGGAGACAGAAAGAGAAGCGCAUGACUCCCCCGGGAGGGACGCUGCCGGGCGCCGAGGACGUGUACGGGGCCAGCAGGGACACGCCGCCGCACCACGGGGUGCAGACCCCCGUGCAGUGAACUCACGGCGGGGGCGCCCGGCUCCUCCUCCUCCUCUCCUCCUCCUCCUCCUCCUCCUCCUCCUCCUCUCCUUCCCCCAACUUUUGAUUGUCCUUCUUUUUUCU